UUCCGCUCACCAUCGUCUUCUCUAUCCCUCGCUUUGCUGCGGUGUUUGUUGCCCCCAUUUUCGCGCCCCUCUCUCUCUUUGCAUUUCAAGCUGUAUUGUAUGGCCGCCAAUUCGCAGAGACGCGCACUUGUGAGCACUGGAAGGCGGUUUCUCAACCAGAUCCCAGCCCUGAGCUCUCUCCAUCCGUCUCCCUCUCCUUCGCUUCCUCUCAGGAGGGCUGUGCACGUGUCGGUGUACGACAAAAAUCCGGAGGAGAACGUGCGGGUGACCGUGGUGCCGGACCAUGUAAUCGGGCCUCAGCCUGACAAAUACUGGGCUCCACACCCGCAGACUGGAGUGUUUGGGCCAGCAACAGAGCACAACCCAGCUGGCGGUGCGGAACCUGGCUCCCGUUCCUCCCCGUCGGUUAGUGUUACUGCAGGGCAAGAGAGUUCAGUGCUGGAGCAGAAGGCCUUCUUCCGAUCCGUCGAGAAUUUGGAGAAGCCCGCCUACGAUUUGACGUUCCCACAACCUUGAAGCGCGGAGGCGGCGGCCCAAAGAAUAAGGGACUCUUCUUAAAGCAAUAAUAAUAAUAAUAAGAACAAGAAGAAAAAUAAAAGGAAAACACUGGUUUUGUGUUUUUGUUAUGAGCUUGGAAGUCUGUCUCGUAGUACUAAUUUAUGUAAUGUUGGUAGAGAUUGUAGCAUAUUAUCAUGAACUAUUGUUUACUUCGCUAUUAAAUAUAAACUGGGUUACGUUUAAUUCAACAAAGGAGGAGUAUAUAUUUGUCAUUUGUUUAAUUGACAAAUUAAGACUAAAUUACAUUUGCUA